CACAGUGUAUUUGACGUGGUUUGAGAGGUUUUCUGAAGACGCAGGAACUAUUUUUAUAUCAAGGUCAAACUCUUAGGAAAGCUUCUUCUGCAGUUCUCAUUUUUGUCUCAGCUUGUGGAAAAUGGCGGGUGUAAGCAGCUGCAUGAAGUACUCCAUGUUCAUCUUCAACUUCUUAUUUUGGGUGUGUGGUUCCAUUAUUUUGGGAGUUUCUAUAUGGAUACGUGUUAGCAAAGGUGCUCAGCAGGAGUUGGAGAUAGACAGCAGCCUGUUUGCAGGGGUUGAUCUGCUGAUAGCCGUGGGCUCCGUUAUUAUGGUCCUUGGGUUUCUGGGGUGCUGUGGUGCCAUAAAGGAGAGCCGGUGCAUGCUGCUGUUGUUUUUUAUUGGACUGCUUCUGAUCCUGAUCCUUCAGGUCACAGGAGGUAUUUUAGGAGCAGUGUACAGAUCUCAGAUUGAAACAUCUCUGAACAAGACUCUCCUGGCAAGUGUGGGUUCAUUGCAAAGCUCUACAGAAGAAUCUAAAGCAUUUCAAGAGAACUUCCAGAAGUUUGAGAGAACGAACAAGUGCUGCGGUUUGCUGCAUGGACCUGAAGACUGGGGAAAAAAUUUUGCUAGUAAUAAAAUCUGUGAGUGUGAAUCACAGGACUCAUCAACAGACAUCUGCACUGUCUUUCAAGGCAGAUAUAUUUAUAAAACGCCUUGUGGAGAUGUGAUUAUCAAAUACCUUAAAGACCAUCUGCUCAUAAUUAUGGGGAUUGCCUUUGGACUGGCCGUUAUUGAGAUACUCGGUUUGGGGUUUUCUAUGAGCCUCUACUGCCAGAUCCAGAGAAAAUGAAACUGUGGAAGUGUCAGAACGAUGUCACCAGCCAAAUCAAAACCUUUGUAGAUAGAGGGAUAUUUGGCUUGGCACAUUCAGAUAAAUAUACGCGUGUCCCACGCAGCUGUUCUGAUGAAAACGGCAGCCCAAGCGCACACGGAUGCUUCACAAUUUGCAAAAUGACCUC